CACGUUUCAUGCGCGCAUCGCAAUGGCAACCGCCGCGAUCGUCGCGGCACGCCACAACCGGCAGAAGCAUACCAAAGAUGAUGGGGCUGAGAGGCGGCGCAGGUUCGCUCAGAAACUGGCACACGACCAACGACGAGCUGCGGAACGCUUCGACCAGCUGGAUGCAUUCUGCCUCGGGGUCAUCAACAAAUCCCAACUGGAGGUGCUGCUUAGCGAGAUCGUGGUGAAGCACCCACCUCAGGACCCCAAGGCCGCCAAGUACAUGUGGAGACUGCUUCGGGUGGAGGAGCCUCAUGCGGACAAAGCGCCGGCGAAACAGGAGGCGAAGACGCAGUCUUCGGAGCAUCAGGCUCUGAUAUCAACAGGCGUCGAGGAGGCUGGUGAGGCCGAGCACGAACAGCUCUUCUCUCGCGCGCUGGUUCUCAGCGUGGUAACGAAGAUGCGAUACUACAUGUGCCAUGCCAAUGACGUGGACACAGUGUUCGACAAGUUCGACCUCAACCAAGACGACUUCCUUGACGCCAAAGAGCUGCAAGCAGCCUUGCAAUUCAUCGAGGACAAGGGCGGAGAUCGAGAAAAGUUCGGCGUCCUGAUCCCGGUGGUUGUGACCAGUGAGGAUGUUCGGUGGGUCCUCGCGCAGUGCGACACGGUGAAGGGCCGUGUUAGCAGAGAGGAGGCGGUGGUGGCCAUGGCCAUGUGGCACGCCCUGGCGGACAACAACUUCGCGCAGCAGUCCAGAUGCUGCUGCCUGCAGUGAAAGCGACGUGAGGACCUGGCCGAAACGGCCGGGUCCCGGCCGGGUUUUUGUUGCUGGUUCUCAUGCUGUGUUUUUGGAGUCGGUUCCC